AUGUCAUCUCAAUCUGAACUAAUUGCAAAAAAAGCUCGAGCUGCUGGUAAUAUUUUAAAAACUGCUUCUGGUGAAAACCGUUCUCAGCUCCUUUAUAAAAUACAUGAUUCUUUAAAGGCUAAUGCAGAUGUUAUUAAAAGUGCUAAUAAAUUAGAUUUAGAAAAUGCGGUUAAAACUAACUUGUCAAGUGCACUUUUAAAAAGAUUGGAUUUGUUCAAGGGUGACAAAUUUGAUGUCAUGUUACAAGGUAUUAUUGAUGUUGCCAACUUAGAUGACCCAGUUGGUGUCGUUAAAAUGGCAAGAGAAUUAGAUGAAGGUUUAACUUUAUACCAAGUUACCUCACCAGUCGGGGUGUUGCUAGUAAUUUUUGAAUCUCGUCCUGAAGUUAUUGCUAAUAUUACUGCAUUGAGUAUUAAAUCAGGUAAUGCCGCUAUCUUAAAGGGUGGUAAGGAAUCGGUCCAUACUUUUAGAGAAAUGUCUAAAAUUGUAACCGAAACAAUCAUCAAAUAUCAAGACACAACUGGCAUUCCAGACGGUUCUAUUCAAUUAAUUGAAACAAGAGAUGACGUUGCAAAUCUACUAGAUCAAGUUGAUUACAUUGAUCUUGUUGUUCCACGUGGAUCAAAUGCUUUAGUAAAGAACAUUAUGAAUUCUACCAGGAUCCCUGUCCUUGGUCAUGCAGAUGGUAUUUGUUCCAUAUAUGUCGACGAAGAAGCUAAUAUGAAUGAGGCUAAAAGAAUUACUUUAGAUGCAAAAACCAAUUACCCAGCGGGUUGUAAUGCAAUGGAAACUCUAUUAAUUAACCCAAAAUUGAAAAAUUGGUAUGAAGUUUUAAUUAACUUGAAUCAAGUCGGUAAGGUUACAUUGCAUGUUACUAAAGAUGUAAAAAUAGAGUAUUUAAAAGUAUUGAAAGAUCUAAAUUUACAAGAAUCAUUAGAAUCUAUGGUUGUUGAUAUUGAUGAAGAAAAAGAAUUUGAUCAGGAAUAUUUAUCUUUAGAUGCUGCUGUAAAAUUUGUCAAUUCCACCGAAGAAGCAAUUAAGCAUAUUAACACACAUUCUUCCAAGCAUACAGAUGCAAUCAUUACUGAAAAUGAAGAAAAGGCUAACAUGUUUUUAAAAGGUAUCGAUUCAGCAAGUGUAUAUUGGAAUGCCUCCACUAGGUUUGCGGAUGGUUUCAGAUACGGUUUUGGUGCUGAAGUUGGUAUUGCAACUUCAAAAAUACAUGCCCGUGGUCCUGUCGGUUUGGAUGGUUUGGUUAUAUAUCAAUACAUAUUAAAGGGUCACGGUCAAGUUGCCAGUGAUUAUAUUGGAGCUGGUGGCCAAAAGGCUUUUAUUCAUAAAAACUUGGAUAUCAAAAACAUUAAACUAUAG